AUGCUUUCCCUACUUUGCUUCGCACAGUGGCUAGUUGCUGCCGUAUUUUCUGUGGCUCCCUCUGGGUCUUGGGAUACAUUUAAUCUGUCACCAAGGUCGAAGACAGUCUACCCUCGGUUUGUGCACAACGUCAGUGGCGCAAUCUCAAAUGCAGAAGGCUUGGUCUCCAAUGGCCCCGCCACUUUCUCCGGAAGUGGUUCGUACGUAACCCUUGAUUUCGGUCAAGAGGUCGGCGGUCUCAUCUCGAUGAACUUUGAUGAAGUUGCAUCGACCUCAGCCGUCGCUCUAUCCUUUACGGAAUCUCCUUUGUACAUCAGCCCCCUCACGUCUGACGACUCUGCAGAUCAGUCUGCCAAUAUGUCCUAUGACGGCGUGCUGGAAGUACAUGCUCCGCUUGAAGUCGGACUCUAUACGAUGCCUUCCGUGCACUUGAGAGGUGGUUUUCGCUACUUGACCGUUGUCUAUACUUCCGACAGCUCCGUCACGAUUUCCAACAUAUCAUGCGCUAUAACGUUCAUGCCACACGUGGAAGAUCUAAGAAAUUACACGGGCUAUUUCUAUGCGACAGAUCCGUCGUACGUCGACCAUGACUUUCUUACGAAGAUAUGGUAUUCUGGCGCAUAUACCGUGCAAACGGCCACAAUUGCGGCAGAUACUGGUAGGGUUGAUCCCCCUCUGGGCUCACCUGGCUGGUAUAACAAUGCAACUGCUGGAAUUGCAACUCCGCUCAUCAUUGAUGGUGCAAAGCGCGGACGUGCCAUUUGGUUAGCCGACAUGGGCAUAGCGGUGCCAACGGAAUUUGUCUCCACUUAUGAUCUGACUCCCGCACGGAACUCAAUCGAGUCCAUUUUCUCCGAACAAAAUCCCGAGACAGGUGAACUACCCUAUUCUGGUCCCCCAUUGAGCGAGCAAGGCAGCGAUACGUAUCAAGCCUGGACAUUAAUCGGAACAUACAACUAUUAUCUGUACACUGGAGAUACAGAAUGGCUGCAGGGCAUGUGGAGCAAUUAUACCAAGGCGAUGCAGUAUUUGGCAAACAAAGUGGAUGAUACUGGGCUGCUAUACGUCACCGGCACAGGGGAUUGGGGUAGACUGUGGCAGGGAGGGUAUAAUUCGGAAGCAAACGCGAUAUUCUACAAGGUUUUGCUCAACAGCGCGGAACUGGCCAGCUACCUCAGCGACUCAGCGUUGGCAGCAGAAUAUAUACACAAUGCCACUGUCCUGAAGACAAAGUUCAAUGAAGCUUUCUGGUCAGAAAAUGAGGGUAUGUAUCGUGACAACGAAACUUCCACCCUCUUCCCGCAGGAUGGAAACGCCAUUGCGGUGUUGUACAAUCUCACGACAGCGGCAGAGCAAGCCUCUUCCAUCAGUGACGGUUUGACGAAGAACUGGAAUGAGUUUGGAGCGAUAUCCCCGGAGCUGCCGGAUAACAUCGCACCUUUCAUUGGUGGGUUUGAGGUGCAAGCACACUUCGUUGCUGGAAACGAUGCUCGUGCCCUGGAGCUCUUGCAUCUCGAGUGGGGAUACAUGCUCUAUACUCCCAUUAGCGUUGGUUCCACGUUCCUGGAAGGUUACACAUCAAACGGCUCCCUCUACUACCGGUCUUACGACGGAUAUAACUAUGAUGCGUCGUUCGUGAGCCACUCUCAUGGCUGGAGCACCGGGCCCACCUCCGCGCUGACGUUCUACGUUCUGGGCCUGACGGUCACCUCUCCGCAAGGACAGACGUGGUCUGUCGCUCCUCACACGUCGGGACUUCCCGCAGCGCAGGGUGGGUUUUCUACGCCGCUUGGCUGGUUCGGUGUAGAUUGGACGUCAAGCGCGGACUCCUUCAACGUUUCAAUCUCCACGCCAGAAGGAACCAGUGGGGCUGUGAGCCUUCCGAUGAAUGGGACAAUUAUUGUUGAUGGGGCAAUGGUAGCGGAGGAUGGUUCCAGCCCUUUGUCCGUUACCGGAGGCAAUCAUACGAUUACUGUCCAGAGCUGA